AUGGGAUUUCAUCGUCCAUUGCGGCUAGGGAGAAAUGCAGAAGAAGAAAGAGGAUGCAUUAAAGAGAUCACAUCACUGGCUUGCCUUGAAUGUCUCCAAAUUAAUUUACAUGGCAUUGACGACCUGCUUCUAUUAUUACGCGAAUUCCCUGUUGAGAGGUUGUCAAGAUUUAACAUUAGUUGCAAACAAACUCAGACAAAAAACGGUGGAGACUAUCAAUUUCGGAGGAAUUUCAAACUUUAUUUGCCUGACGAGAAAGAUUCCGAACUAGCAUUGUGUCCUGCAGUUACUAGCAUAAUCAGGAGAACUGAGAAUCUCAUUUUGGACCUUGGGUUCUUGUUUCGCUCGGGGAAUUUUGUGAAUGACUUAGAUGAAAGUGGAUUUGUCAAUUUGAAAAGGCUCAGAUUGAAGUCGGGUUCAUGGGAAUGCCUUAUUGAUUCCACCACCAACCUAGCUCCUCGACAUGUUUUUGAAAAUCUGGUGUUCAUGGAAUUAACAUCUGGCAAAUUGGAAGAAAUAUGUUAUGGAAAUCUUCCACCUCGUUGCUUCAGCCAACUUCAAGAGAUGAAACUCCUGAGAAUGAAUUUUAUUGAGUACUUGUGGAAGGGGCCAAUUGAACCUCCGUCACUUUGCAAUCUCAGAGGUAUUGAGGUCUCACUCCCUCGGUUGGAAAUGCUAGACCUUACAAGUCCUGGUUAUCGCCCAGAACAAUUUGUAGGAGGUGAAAUGCUUAGAGGGUCUCUUGAGAACUUAAGAUCUUUGGUGCUUUCAAGGUGCUAUGUUAUCAGAUGCAUUGCGAAAGCUGAUGGUGUGGCAUUGUUAGAGAAUCUGCAGAGCUUUUCUAUGGGUGAUUGUCCUUCGAUGGAAUUACUUUUCGACCUUGAGGGUCUAAAAGUUCCCAUUCCAUCAAAAAAGGAGCUUGAAAUUCUUCCCAAUCUAAAGUCACUGGAAUUGAGAGGGUUAACAAGAUUAGCCCACAUUUGGAGGAAUUAUCCAAAAGGGAUUCGAGUAUUCCAAAACUUGAGAAUAUUACAAGUAGAGGGGUGCAGUUUACCAUGUUUGUUUUAUCCACCUUGCGUGGCUGAUAUGCUUGUAAGUCUUGAAGAAUUGAAAGUUGGUCUUUGCCCAACAAUGUAUGCAGUUAUAGCGGGGGAAAAUGAAGAGACCAGUCAAGAAGAUCAUGAUGGUGGGGAAAAAAGAGAAAUUUCAUUGGGAAGAACCAACAAGGAAUUUUUGUUCCCAAAACUAAGCUCCUUAAGCUUUGUAAACCUCCAAAAUCUUCAAAGCUUCAGUGGUGGUCACCACGAGGGUUGUGACUUCAAAUUUCCUUCACUGACCCAAUUGGAAAUAAUGCGUUGCCCGGAGUUGAAGAAUUUGUGUCCCGGAAAAUUGGAUGCACCAUUACUUAAGAAAGUCAAAGUGGAAGAGAAUGAUGCCAAUAUUCCUCUGGAUUUAAAGGUAGACAUAUCCUAA